AUGGCGGACACCGUCCAGCAGCCUCCUCAGCCUGCCGGCGGGAAGCGUAAAAACAAGGCUCUGUACGUGCAGGCUAAGCGGGCUCGGCGCUGCGACACCGGUGGGCCCCGGCAGCUGGAGCCUGGACUACAGGGCAUACUCAUCACUUGCAACAUGAACGAGCGCAAAUGCGUGGAGGAAGCCUACAGCCUGCUCAAUGAGUACGGUGACGACAUGUAUGGGCCGGAAAAGUUUACAGACAAGAAUCAGCAGUCCUCUGGAAAUGAGGGGGAAGACGAUGAUGUGGAGGCUGCCUUGAAGAAAGAAGUUGAUGACAUUAGGGCCUCUACAGAGAUGAGGCUAAGAAGAUUCCAGUCCAUGGAGAGUGGAGCGAAUAAUGUAGUCUUCAUCAGAACAUUUGGGAUAGAACCUGAGAAAUUGGUGCAUCAUAUUCUCCAGGAUAUGUAUACAACCAAGAAGAAGAAGACUCGGGUUAUCCUACGUAUGCUGCCCGUUUCUGGCACAUGCAAGGCUUUCUUAGAGGAUAUGAAAAAAUAUGCAGAAACAUUUUUGGAACCUUGGUUUAAAGCACCAAAUAAAGGGACAUUUCAGAUUGUGUAUAAAUCUCGAAAUAAUAGUCACAUGAAUAGAGACGAAGUUAUCAAAGAAUUGGCAGGAAUCGUAGGCAGCCUCAAUUCAGAAAACAAAGUGGAUCUCACCAACCCACAGUACACGGUGGUGGUGGAAAUCAUUAAAGCUGUCUGUUGCCUGAGUGUUGUGAAAGAUUACAUGUUGUUCAGAAAAUACAAUCUCCAGGAGGUAGUGAAGAAUGCCAAGGACCUGGCACAGCUUAACCCAAAGCAGGCAGCACGUGCAAAAAAUGGCAAAGAAGCGAAAUUGGAGCCUGGUGACAAAGCAAGUCAGAGUGACCCAGCAGGAGAACAUAGCCAGCAGGAGGCGCUGGAGAAUGCUGAGGAGGUGGAUCAGACAAAACCAAAGUCCGAGGCGAUGGGGAAUGAAGGAGGCACUAAAGCUCAACUUGCUAGUCCAGUCCCUGGAGAAUCCAACUUGAGAAAAUGA